CGUGCAAUAAGAACUUCAAUAUUUCUGUGGAAGUGUUUUAUAAGCGAUUGUGUAAGGUUUUUUGUACAAUUCGACUGGUUCAGCUCGUAUCGCAAGCUCCCAUAUUAACUAAUAUAUUAAUUUAAACCGCAUCUUUCUUUGAAUAAUGGCUGUACGUGCUCAGUUCGAGGGUAAUAACGAAGUUGGCGUGUUUUCCAAACUAACCAACUCGUACUGCCUCGUGGCGAUUGGGGGAUCGGAAAACUUCUACAGUCAUACAUCUAUAGCAGGAUGCAGAAUCAUUGGAAGAAUGUGUGUUGGAAAUCGUCAUGGUCUUCUGGUGCCUAAUUCCACAACUGAUCAAGAGAUGCAACAGAUGAGAAAUUCUUUACCUGAUAGUGUAAAAAUACAGAGAAUAGAAGAAAGAUUAUCAGCAUUGGGCAAUGUUAUUGCAUGCAAUGAUUAUGUAGCAUUAGUUCAUCCAGAUCUUGACAGAGAAACUGAGGAAAUAUUAGCUGAUGUGUUGAAAGUUGAAGUAUUCCGUCAAACAAUGGCUGAUAAUGUAUUAGUUGGUUCAUACUGUGCUAUUAGCAAUCAAGGAGCUUUGGUUCAUCCACGUACUUCUGUUGAAGACCAAGACGAGUUAUCAUCGUUACUGCAAGUACCACUCGUGGCUGGUACAGUGAACCGUGGUAGUGAUAUUAUUGGUGGUGGUAUGGUAGUUAACGACUGGUGUGCAUUCUGUGGACUUGACACAACAAGUACUGAAUUAUCAGUGAUAGAAAGUGUAUUUAAACUUGGUGAUUCCCAGCCAAGCAAAGUUACAACUGAAAUGAGAGACACAUUAAUUGAAAGUAUGACGUAAGUCAACUAAACUGGAUGAUAUACUUACGAGUCUGAGAGAUUAGGAAAGAUACAACUAUUUGAAAAUGGACAAUUGUGAAAACAAGCAGCCAGCCAGAUUGAAUUGUUUAUUAUAAAUAUCAACAAUGCUGAUAGAAGUUCAGCAUUACCAACAGUGGACUAUAUUUACUAGUGCUGUACAAGUUAACUCGCACCCUCCAUAAAGAACCGUGCGUGAAGUGUGCAUAAACACAUUGUUAUCUAUUUAUGGUAGUAUUACUAUCAAAUACUUGAGACAAAAGCGCUGUGAACUGCAUUUUUUUUGAGACAAGCUUGGUUAUUAUUUUCAACUCAACAACUUUCUCUUAUAAAAGAAACACUGGUAUAUGUGUAUUGAAUCCAAUCAUGGUUAUUAAAAGUAUAAUUCAAUUUUCCUACA